AUGAAUGAACAAGCCAAUAUUUUAGUUCGGAAGCUUGAAAAACAUGUUGACAAAGAACCAUUUGAUUGUUUUCUAGACGUCACUCUGUGCGCUCUGGAUAGCAUUUGUGAAACUGUAAUGGGCAAGAAUAUUGGUGCACAGAAGAAUAAUGAUUCUGAAUAUGUCCAGGCUAUUUACAAAUUCAUCAUAGACAAAAGGCUCCUUGGCUUUGGCCUGACCUUACAUACCUUCUCUUUCAAGAAGGAAGGGAACAUAAUAGAAGUCUCAAAAUCCUCCACAGUUUUACUGACAAGGUUAUUACAGAAAAAGCUAGUGAAAAAAAAAAACCACAAUGAAAGAAAGUGUGACUUUGACAGCACCUGUGAAUCAAGUGAGUCAAAAAAGAGAAGAGCUUUCCUUGACAUGCUUCUCAAUGCAAUGGAUAAUGAAGGGAACAAACUGAGCUACUUGGAUAUUCGAGAGGAAGUGGACACUUUCAUGUUUGAGGGGCAUGAUACAACAGCUGCUGCUAUGAACUGGGCCAUCUAUUUACUUGGAUGUCAUCCUGAGGCCCAGAAGAAAGUUCACCAAGAAUUGGAUGAAGUGUUUGGUGACUCUGACUGUUCCGUCACUGUGCAUGAUUUAAAGAAAAUACGAUAUCUUGAGUGUGUUGUUAAGGAAGCCCUUUGUCUCUUCCCUUCAGUGCCAUUCUUUGCCCAGACCUUGAGUCAAGAUUGCUAUAUUAGAGGAUUUAAGGUACCAAAAGGCACAAAUGCAAUCAUUGUUUUUUAUGCACUGCACAGAGAUCCAGAUGUUUUCCCAGACCCUGAAGAAUUCAGACCUGAGCGAUUCUUUCCUGAGAAUUCUAGUGGAAGGCAUCCAUAUGCAUAUAUACCCUUCUCUGCUGGAUCCAGAAAUUGCAUUGGCCAACACUUUGCACAGAUGGAAGAAAAAGUUGUUUUAGCUACUCUCUUGCGCCACUUUUGGGUGGAAGCAAAUCAAAAUAGGGAAGAACUUGGUAUGGUGGGAGAACUGAUUCUUCGUCUCUGGAUCCAGCUGAAGAAGAGAACUGCUAACAUGCCAUCAGAAGAAAAUUUCAAGAGUUUAGAUCUUCAAGUAUACUAGCAGCAUCCUUAUUUCACUUUCUCCUUUUGAUCACAUGCACAUUUACACAAAGGAUUUUAGAAAACUACAAAUACAGAAAAAUAUUUCAGAACUUCUAGAUCAGCAAUUCCCAAUCAGGGUGCCAUGGCACCCUGAAGUGCUU